UUUGUUGACAAAAACUAUUGUUUAUUACCUUAUCAUUUCUGUUCUAUUGGAACAAACAUGAAAAUAUUUAUAUUGCUGAGAGGUUGAAGUUAUAUAUAAAUUAUUUUUUAUAAGUUCCACCUAGUAUACUAUUUGUGGUUUCCAGAAAAAUAACAUUUAUUGUACUUGGACCGAAGAUGGCUUUGCAUCGAUCUAAGUGGCUGUAUGCCAUUGCUGGCAGUGGAGUUGUUUUAGGAUUAUUUAGUUAUUUUCAUAAUGAGAAAAAAACCGUAAAAAUGGCUUGGACUACUAAUUAUGAGCCUUCAGUAAAAUGGGACCAUAAUUGGGACAGUCGUGAUUAUUCUAGUCUAGUGAAAGCUGAUGAUGACACUAAUCAAAAUGAAAUCAAUGAAAAAAAGACCACCGUUAUGCCUACUGCAAGAAGACAUAUUUUCCUUAUCAGACAUGGACAGUAUGAUAUUACAGCUAAAGGUGAUUCUGAUCGACGUCUGACUACUAUAGGUAAAAAACAGGCUGAGUUAGUUGGACAGCGACUGAAGGAUUUGAAAUUCAAUUAUACCAAGAUGAUUCGGUCAACAAUGACUCGUGCUAGAGAAACCUCUGAUAUUAUACAUAAAUUUUUUCCUGAUCUACCUGUCGAAAAUUGUGAUCUGCUAAGAGAAGGAUUUCCUGUACAACCUGAACCCCCUUCAAAAAGUUGGAGUUUUCCUGAUGAGCUUUAUAUUAAAGAUGGAUCACGAAUUGAAGCUGCAUUUAAGAAACAUUUCCAUCGAGCAGAUGUGAACCAGACAUCUGACAGUUAUGAAAUUAUAGUCUGUCAUGCAAAUGUUAUUCGUUAUUUCAUUUGUAGAUUACUGCAGUUUCCACCUGAAGCAUGGUUACGAUUUCAGCUACAUCACUGCAGCAUGACUUGGGUUGUUAUAGUUCCUUCUGGUCGUGUAGGUGUAUAUGCUAUUGGUGAUAGUGGGUUCUUGCCUGAAGAGCUUAUGACAGGAUAAUUCAUGGUGCAUUGAAUUAGUUAUAUAUCAGUCCUUUUCCAGUACUUUUGAUACAGAGAUAUUAAAUGACUUUACUUUUUUUAUAAAAUAAAAUAUCUUAUUUGAAUUUCUAAAAUACAAAUAUAUUUUAACAAAUUAUUUUGUUUUCAAUUUGGAGUUUUAUUUGGCAUGCAAAAUUUGACUAAAUAAUUAUUUAUUAAAUCCUACUUUUAUUAAAAAUUUUCCUUUCGCAUACUGCACUUUUACAAUGUGAGUAUUACUACUAAUUAGUUUAGAAUUUGAUAUGAAAACCUGUUAAUUGUGAAAAGUUCAUUUUACUUCUAAGUUUGAGAAUUCAAUUUUCCAUUUGUUUGUUAAAAGAAUUUAAUAUGUUCUGCCAGGAAAACAUUAUGCUGAAAGGUAAUUAAAUAAGAUAUGAGUAUGCUGUAAUUAAUGUCCAGUGAACUUUCAUAAUUUAGAUUUUUCUGUCUGUGUUACUAGCUUCAUUCGCUUUUAAAGCAAUUAGAUAUUCUUUCUCAUAUUAUUCAAUAUUUUCUGUUUGUUUAUUUAAUAUGUGUAUUGAUAAAUAACUUUUUUCGUAUUGUAAAUAUGUAUAAAGGUAUCUAUCAUUUUUGUUUUCUAAUUCCUAUAUUAAUCUUUUUUUAUCUGUAUUAAGUUUUAGCUUCAUUUGGAUAGUUUAUUAGCCUUGCAACUCAAUUGCAAAAAAGUCUUUUUUAUUGAAAGAAAUUACAAAAGUUUGAUAUUGUUUAAAAAAAUUUCAGAAAUCUCUAUUAAUUUCCUGAACAUGUAGUCUGUCAAAUAGCUGUUUGUAAUUCAUCAGUUGUAAAAUAUUAAAGUUAAAUUAAAUAAAAUAAAGUAGAAUUUUAUGCUGUCAGGAAGAUAAAAACAAGUACAAGCAUUUUAUUUAUUUGUUUAUUUAAUUCCUGUUCUCAUUUUAAUAAUGCUUCUCUAAUAAUGUUUCUUUUUUUUUUUUUUUUUUUUUUUUAACGUCUUGAGAAUAGUAUGUAAUAUUCAUACAGGAUGGUUUGAGCAAUUUUUUUUUUCUGUUGUUGUUGAUAUAUAUUUAAAUAUUGAACAUAAUAUGUCAAGUGUAGCAGAAAACAGAGAACAUUAUUUAUGAAAGUACGCUUGCGUAUAAACUCUUGAAUGUAAGCAUUGUUGUUUUGAAAUGUAAAUUAUUAAUGAAAUAAGUAAAAGAAAUUGUUGAGUUUCAUGUGGUUGUUAUUUUAUUUUAUUUUAUUUAUAAGUUUAUAAAUUUUUUUCUGUUCAAUUUUUAAAAAAAAUCUUUGAAAUGAACAUUUUUUUUUUAAUUAUCUAGUUAUUUUUAAUGUUUUCCUAAGAAAAUCAACAUUAUAUUUUUCAUUGAAAAUUGGUUUUUAUACUUUUAAAACAUCAGGAUGUUUAGAUCAUUAAAAUAUUUUCCCAGUUUUGAAUUAAUCAAAAUUUUAUUUAUAUUUGCUAGUGUGGAAUAUUUUUUGAAUGUUAAAAAGUUAACCAUAAAAAAUGAAUCAUGCAUUUGCCAAAUAUCUAAAAAAUCUUGUUAGAAAUCAUUAGGUUUUUGAAAACUGUGCUUUUUAUGUUAAUUAUAGUUUGUUAAAACCUAAAUGGAGAUUUUAUUGCAAAAAUGUGUAGAUAUUGAUUUAAAAAAAAAUUCAUUUGUAUUAAUGUUGGAAAACAUUAAUAUAAUAGGUCAUCAUUUCCGUUCCCUUUUGUUCUAUUUACUCGGGAACUUCGUGGUUGUGAUUUAUACAGAUUAAACCUAUAGAUUCAGUAACCCUCUAAUUUUCUAAAUUAUUUCACUUUUUAAUAUGUUAAAAAUAUUGUAUCUGCUGUGCUUGGAAGAUUAGAUUGUCCUGAUUUGGCAAAGUUGAGCAUUUCUGCAGCUCAUGUGUAUUUGGAUAUAUUGAUUGAAGCAUACCACAUACGUUAUAUAAUCAAGAAUUCUUUGUUUUUCAAAUAUGACUGAUAAUGAGCACAUUGAAGGACCAUGCAAUUAUGUGCUGUAUUUUAUGAGAUGUCAUAAAUCAUAUGAAAAUAAUUUUUUUAUCAUUCUUUUGGUUUUCAAGCAAAUAUGUUAAAUGCAAUCUAAAGCUGUUGUUUCUACUUUUUUUACUAUGGACUUCUUUAUGUAAAUAAAAGAUAAGUUUUCAUGAGAUGUCAAACAGUAAAUGUUAAAAAGGUGUAACUUUAAUUUUACUAUUAAUAUUGUUAUGUUAUAAAUAAUAUUUUAUUUAUUUCAAAAGUGCUGAAUGCAUAAUAAUAAAAAUCACUACUACAUUGUUCUCCCUCCAGCGAUAUUUAUUUCAUUUCUGACAUUUUUCAAUAUAUUUUGCAUAAUUCAUAUAUGUAAUAGUAAUAUUUCAAAUUUUUAGUUAUUAUUUAUGAAAUAUACUGAUUAUUUAUAGAUAUUUAUGAUUUGUAUGAUGAUUUUUUUAAAGUGUGCAUGUUAUUUAUAAAGAAAAUUAUGUGGGUGCUUAUAAUUUAAUAUUUUUUUAAAUUAAUAAUUUUAAAUUAAAAAGUUUUAUAAAAUAUAUUUUGUUCUCUUUUAUGCAUUAAUUAUAUUAUACACUUAAAAACCCUCCUUGUGACAACUAUACGAAAUUAAAAAUUGUCUUAAGAAAUAUACUAGGUGAUUUGCAAAAUAACACAUUUUUGAAAGUUUGAUUAUUCUUUUAAAAAGGAACAAGUUGAAAAAAAUAAAAAGAUUACAAUUUUAGAUUGUGGGGUAAUUGAAAUGAUAGUAAAUUAUUGUUUGGUUAAAUUUUAUAGAUAUCAGAAUUAUUGCUUAUUGAGCUAACUGUGGAAUAACUGAACUAUGUAUUGUGGCUUCAAAAACCUAAUUGAUUCUUCAAAUGAUUUAUUGCAUUUCAGUUGUUUUUGUAAAUUAUGAAACAUAUAUAUAUAUUGAUAUUUUAUGUCCACUAUAAUCAAGUUAAUUUGUAUUAAUUACAGAUGAAGAUUAUCCUAUUUAAUUAAUUUUCUGAAAGACAACUUGUUAGCAUCAGUUUUUAUUCUGAAUAAUUCUGGUAUAAUAUAAAUUUAUAUUACAUCUAUCUUCUUAAUUUCGUGGCAGUAUAACUUUACUUUUUUAUUCAUCUUGUAAAUUACAAUUAUAUUAAACAGAAUCCUUUCUUUGUAAA